CCUUGGCAGUGUGGUAGCGGUUGCCUCCACUAACCCCAUCAAGACAGCGACGACCCAGUGACCAUGAAAGGAGUCAGGAUGCUGCUUGAAUGGGUGAUACCAUGGUUCAUCCUCAGCCUCAGACUAUCAGCAGCCACCACCGUCCACAACCAUGUCAGCAGCAUCUGCAGCACCUGGGGCAGAGAGCACUUCAAGACAUUUGAUGGUGAUGUGUACCAGUUUCCUGGUACAUGUGAGUACAACCUGGUCUCCGACUGCCACGAGUCCUACCAGGAGUUCUCUGUGCACGUGAAGAGGACAGAAAACGAUGGAAACCCUACAGUCAGUUACGUGGUGGUCACCAUCAAUGACCUGUCGUUCCACCUCAGCAAGACUUCAAUCACAGAAAAUGACGUGCCUGUCAACUUGCCAUAUUACAAGGCAGGAGUGCAAGUGGAAAAAAAUGCAGUUUACAUCAAGCUCCAGUCCAAAGUUGGCAUCACUGUCAUGUGGAACGGUGACGAUGCAGUCAUGGUGGAACUUGACCAUGAAUAUGCUAGUCUUACUUGUGGACUUUGUGGAGACUUCAAUGGUGUUUCAGUCUACGAUGAGUUCAUUCAUAAUGGUCGCAAAAUCAGCCCCAUUGAGUUUGGCAACAAACACAAAGUCCAUCGCUCAAAUGACGAUUGUGAGGACCCUUAUGAAGAGGAGGAUGAAUCACUGGAGUCUGUUUCUGAGUCAUGCAAGGAGUUUCAAACCAUCUGUGAGGAGAUGCUGCGUUCAGAGUCCUGGAGCUCCUGCACCAAACUGAUCAACCCUGCACCGUACAUCCAGGCCUGUGUGCAGGACAUGUGCAGCUGCACCAACAGCUCAGAAGACUUCUGUGUCUGCAGCACACUUUCUGAGUUCUCCCGACAGUGUUCUCAUGCAGGAGGAGAACCUCCCAGCUGGAGAACGCCUCAGUUCUGUGCUAAACAGUGCCCGUUCAACAUGGUUUAUGAAGAGAGCGGUUCUCCUUGCAUGGACACCUGCACACAUCAAGACACAAGUUCACUGUGUGAGGAACACAAAAUGGACGGCUGCUUCUGUCCUCCUGGAACUGUGUUUGAUGAUAUUUCCAUGAGGGGGUGCAUUGCUCAGUCUGAAUGUCAGUGCAAGCACAGCAAAGUCUAUAACUCUGGGGAGAUUUACCAACAGGACCGAGAGAAAUGCACAUGCCUUGAGGGCCGAUGGGCUUGUGAGAUUCUUCAAACUCCUGCUACGUGUGCCGUUGAAGAGGGUUCACAUGUAACUACCUUUGAUGGGAAAACUUACACCUUCCAUGGAGAGUGUUACUACACUCUGGCCAAAGUGGAAAGCAAGGAUGCUACAAGCCCAAAGUUUACCAUCCUGGUCCAACUGGUGCCUUGUGCAAACCAAGAGUUUGACACUUGUCUGAAGAAUGUUAAAAUCCUGCUAAACAACGACAAAAACAAUGUGUUAACAUUCACUUCUGAUGGCACAGUAAAGCAGAACAUGCAGACCAUCAGUUUGCCGUACCACACAGGAGACAUCAGCAUAUUCCAUGCCUCAUCCUUUCACAUCUUGCUCCAGACCAGUUUCGGGUUACAGAUUCAGAUCCAGCAUGUGCCUCUCAUGCAAGUCUAUGUCAGCCUGGAACAGAGCUACAGAGCAAAGACUCGUGGUCUAUGUGGGAACUACAACAUGGUCCUGUCUGAUGACAUGAAGACUCCUCAAGGGAUCAUUGAGGGAACUGCAGCAACUUUUAGUAACUCUUGGAAGGCAAACCUCAUGUGCCAAGACAGAGAGGAGCGACUGGAUGACCCCUGUUCUCUCAGUGUGGAAAAUGAGAAGUACGCCAAACAUUGGUGCGCUUUGCUGCUCGGCCCAAAUAAUACCUUCACACAAUGCCAUUCAGUGGUGGAUCCUGAGAUAUACUACAAGCGAUGCACUUAUGCGAGCUGUAACUGUGAGAAGAGCGAGGCCUGCCUGUGUGCCGUCUUCUCCUCCUACACAAGAGCUUGUGCAUCAAAAGGAGUGUUCUUGAUAGACUGGAGAGAGAAAGUGUGCGGUAAAUACACAGAGAGCUGCCCAGCAUCUCAGACCUUCUCUUACAAGCAUCAGAGAUGCCAGUUGACUUGCAAAUCAUUGGGCUCAGUACAGCAGAGCUGCAUCUCUGACUUCUUGCCUGUGGAUGGCUGCUCCUGCUCUGAGGGUCUCUACCAAAAUGAAAACGGUAUCUGCGUCCCCAUGGAAAAAUGUCCCUGUUACCAUAAUGAAGUGUACAUUAAGCCAGGAAAGUCCAUCAGCAUCAAAGAUGAACACUGUGUGUGCACCAACGGAGUGCUUCAUUGCCAUUCUUGGAGACUCCGCUCAUCAGCAUGCCCUUCUCCAAAAGUAUUCUUCAACUGCUCUGCAACGGUUGCAGAAGAGCUGGGACUGCAGUGUGCUCGAACUUGCUUAAAUCUGGAUAGCGAUGACUGCAUUUCCACAGAUUGCGAAUCUGGCUGUGUGUGUCCCGGUGGCCUCCUUGAUGAUGGUAAAGGUUCCUGUGUCAAUGAAAAUGAGUGUCCAUGUCAGCAUAAUGGCCAUCUCUAUAUCCCAGGAGCACAAAUUCCUAACCAGUGCAACACCUGUACCUGCAAAGGUGGAAAGUGGAAAUGCACAGAAGAAAAGUGUCCAGGAACUUGCAUUAUUUAUGGAAGUGGUCACUAUGAAACAUUUGACCAGCAAACAUAUAGAUUUCAAGGACAUUGUGCCUAUGUUGCUGUCAAGAACAACUGUGGCAACAAACAAGUGCAGGAUAAAUUUGGAGUUAUUACAGAAAAUGUACCAUGUGGAACUACAGGCACCACAUGCUCCAAAACUGUCAGAAUUCACCUGGGGCGAAAGGAAAUCAAACUCUCAAAGGGUAAAUAUGAAGAGUCGGAUCUGGGCAAUGGCACUGAGAUUCAGUACAGAAUAAGAAAGGUCGGCUUGUACCUGGUCGUAGAGUCUGCCAUUGGUUUGGCAGUGAUGUGGGAUCGCAAAACAACUGUUCGCAUCCUACUGGAACCACAGCACAGCGGAGAGGUUUGUGGCCUGUGUGGAAAUUUUGAUGGUGAUGGACAGAAUGACUUCACCACCUCCGGUCAGCUGGUAGUGAGCAAUCCAUUAGAAUUUGCCAACAGCUGGAAAGUGUCCAGCAACUGCCCAGAUGUGGAAGUGAAUGUUAAUCCUUGUGAAGCAACACCAAAUCGACAUCACUGGGCAAAAAUGAAGUGCAGCAUUAUAACUGGACAAACGUUCAAAGACUGCCACAAUAAGGUGGAUCCCCGUCCAUUUCAUGACAACUGUGUGAAAGACUCGUGUGCCUGUGACUCUGGAGGGGACUGUGAGUGUUUCUGCACAGCUGUUGCAGCUUACGCUCAAGCUUGUAAUGAGGCCGGUGUUUGUGUUGCAUGGAGAACUCCAGACAUCUGUCCUGUCUUUUGUGAUUACUACAACAGCCCAGACGACUGCAAGUGGCACUACAACCCUUGCCACACUCCUUGCUACAAGACAUGUUUGAAUCCACAAGGAAAUUGUAGCAAUCCAAUACCCAACCUAGAAGGCUGUUACCCUGUAUGCCCAGAAGAUAAACCUAUAUUUGAUGAGAAGAACCAGACAUGUGUGGACAUAUGUCCCUAUUGCAUUUACAACGGGACUGUAUAUGAAGAAAAUGAAGUUAUUUACAAUGUGACUGACAAUUUGGGAACGUGUUACUAUGCAAUCUGCAUUAAUGCAACAGUGAUACAUGGAAAUGAAUCAUGCCCUAUUACAACUACAACUGCAGGCCCAACUACAACAAUCACAACCCCAACAACUCAACCUCUUACUACAACUGCUGGACCAACCACAACAGCUACAACCCCAACAACCCAACCUCCUACUACAACUGCAAGCCCAACCACAACCACUACAAUUACAACCCAAUCCCCGACUACAACUUCAGGCCCAACCACAACAGUUACAAUCCAAUCCCCUACUACAACUGCAGGACCAACUGCAACAACUACAACCACCCAAACUGCGACUACAACUCCAGUUCCAACCACAACCACAACAGUUACAACCCAAAAUCCUACUACAACUGCAGCCCCGACCACAACUAAUCCUUGUAUCACAUAUGAGUGGUCAGACUGGUAUAACGUGCAUGAUCCAAGUACAGAUCACAGUGACUGGGAAACAUAUGAGAACAUCACAAACAGUGGUCUACAAAUAUGUGACAAACGCUUAUUUAUUGAUUGUCGAGCUGUUCAUUUCCCGGACAUGGACUUCAAUGAUUAUAAAACUCAAACUGGCCAAGUUGUUAGUUGUGAUGUGGAUUAUGGAUUGAUAUGUAAAGUAGAGGACCAGUCAAGACCUCCACGAAAGUGCUUUGACUACAAGAUCAGAGUAUUUUGUGCGGUAAAUAUAUGUGAAUCCACAACCACGACAAUCACAACUCCAACAUCCCAACCUCCUACUACAACUACAGGUCCAACCACAACAGCUACAACCCCAAACACCCUACCUACUACUACAACUGAAAACCCAACAAGUACAGCCCCAACAACUCAACCUCUUACUACAACUGUAGGCCCAACUACAACAAGAACUACAACAACCCAACCUCCUACUACAACUGCAGGCCCAACCACAACAGUUUCAACCCCAAUAACCCAAUCUUCUACUACAGCUGCAGGCCUAUCCACAACAGUUUCAACCCAAACAACUCAACCUCUUACUACAACUGCUGGACCAACCACAACAGCUACAACCCCAACAACCCAACCUCCUACUACAACUGCAAGCCCAACCACAACCACUACAGUUACAACCCAAUCCCCGACUACAACUUCAGGCCCAACCACAACAGUUACAAUCCAAUCCCCUACUACAACUGCAGGACCAACUGCAACAACUACAACCACCCAAACUGCGACUACAACUCCAGUUCCAACCACAACCACAACAGUUACAACCCAAAAUCCUACUACAACUGCAGCCCCGACCACAACUAAUCCUUGUAUCACGUAUGAGUGGUCAGACUGGUAUAACGUGCAUGAUCCAAGUACAGAUCACAGUGACUGGGAAACAUAUGAGAACAUCACAAACAGUGGUCUACAAAUAUGUGACAAACGCUUAUUUAUUGAUUGUCGAGCUGUUCAUUUCCCGGACAUGGACUUCAAUGAUUAUAAAACUCAAACUGGCCAAGUUGUUAGUUGUGAUGUGGAUUAUGGAUUGAUAUGUAAAGUAGAGGACCAGUCAAGACCUCCACGAAAGUGCUUUGACUACAAGAUCAGAGUAUUUUGUGCGGUAAAUAUAUGUGAAUCCACAACCACGACAAUCACAACUCCAACAUCCCAACCUCCUACUACAACUACAGGUCCAACCACAACAGCUACAACCCCAAACACCCUACCUACUACUACAACUGAAAACCCAACAAGUACAGCCCCAACAACUCAACCUCUUACUACAACUGUAGGCCCAACUACAACAAGAACUACAACAACCCAACCUCCUACUACAACUGCAGGCCCAACCACAACAGUUUCAACCCCAAUAACCCAAUCUUCUACUACAGCUGCAGGCCUAUCCACAACAGUUUCAACCCAAACAACUCAACCUCUUACUACAACUGCUGGACCAACCACAACAGCUACAACCCCAACAACCCAACCUCCUACUACAACUGCAAGCCCAACCACAACCACUACAGUUACAACCCAAUCCCCGACUACAACUUCAGGCCCAACCACAACAGUUACAAUCCAAUCCCCUACUACAACUGCAGGACCAACUGCAACAACUACAACCACCCAAACUGCGACUACAACUCCAGUUCCAACCACAACCACAACAGUUACAACCCAAAAUCCUACUACAACUGCAGCCCCGACCACAACUAAUCCUUGUAUCACGUAUGAGUGGUCAGACUGGUAUAACGUGCAUGAUCCAAGUACAGAUCACAGUGACUGGGAAACAUAUGAGAACAUCACAAACAGUGGUCUACAAAUAUGUGACAAACGCUUAUUUAUUGAUUGUCGAGCUGUUCAUUUCCCGGACAUGGACUUCAAUGAUUAUAAAACUCAAACUGGCCAAGUUGUUAGUUGUGAUGUGGAUUAUGGAUUGAUAUGUAAAGUAGAGGACCAGUCAAGACCUCCACGAAAGUGCUUUGACUACAAGAUCAGAGUAUUUUGUGCGGUAAAUAUAUGUGAAUCCACAACCACGACAAUCACAACUCCAACAUCCCAACCUCCUACUACAACUACAGGUCCAACCACAACAGCUACAACCCCAAACACCCUACCUACUACUACAACUGAAAACCCAACAAGUACAGCCCCAACAACUCAACCUCUUACUACAACUGUAGGCCCAACUACAACAAGAACUACAACAACCCAACCUCCUACUACAACUGCAGGCCCAACCACAACAGUUUCAACCCCAAUAACCCAAUCUUCUACUACAGCUGCAGGCCUAUCCACAACAGUUUCAACCCAAACAACUCAACCUCUUACUACAACUGCUGGACCAACCACAACAGCUACAACCCCAACAACCCAACCUCCUACUACAACUGCAAGCCCAACCACAACCACUACAGUUACAACCCAAUCCCCGACUACAACUUCAGGCCCAACCACAACAGUUACAAUCCAAUCCCCUACUACAACUGCAGGACCAACUGCAACAACUACAACCACCCAAACUGCGACUACAACUCCAGUUCCAACCACAACCACAACAGUUACAACCCAAAAUCCUACUACAACUGCAGCCCCGACCACAACUAAUCCUUGUAUCACGUAUGAGUGGUCAGACUGGUAUAACGUGCAUGAUCCAAGUACAGAUCACAGUGACUGGGAAACAUAUGAGAACAUCACAAACAGUGGUCUACAAAUAUGUGACAAACGCUUAUUUAUUGAUUGUCGAGCUGUUCAUUUCCCGGACAUGGACUUCAAUGAUUAUAAAACUCAAACUGGCCAAGUUGUUAGUUGUGAUGUGGAUUAUGGAUUGAUAUGUAAAGUAGAGGACCAGUCAAGACCUCCACGAAAGUGCUUUGACUACAAGAUCAGAGUAUUUUGUGCGGUAAAUAUAUGUGAAUCCACAACCACGACAAUCACAACUCCAACAUCCCAACCUCCUACUACAACUACAGGUCCAACCACAACAGCUACAACCCCAAACACCCUACCUACUACUACAACUGAAAACCCAACAAGUACAGCCCCAACAACUCAACCUCUUACUACAACUGUAGGCCCAACUACAACAAGAACUACAACAACCCAACCUCCUACUACAACUGCAGGCCCAACCACAACAGUUUCAACCCCAAUAACCCAAUCUUCUACUACAGCUGCAGGCCUAUCCACAACAGUUUCAACCCAAACAACUCAACCUCUUACUACAACUGCUGGACCAACCACAACAGCUACAACCCCAACAACCCAACCUCCUACUACAACUGCAAGCCCAACCACAACCACUACAGUUACAACCCAAUCCCCGACUACAACUUCAGGCCCAACCACAACAGUUACAAUCCAAUCCCCUACUACAACUGCAGGACCAACUGCAACAACUACAACCACCCAAACUGCGACUACAACUCCAGUUCCAACCACAACCACAACAGUUACAACCCAAAAUCCUACUACAACUGCAGCCCCGACCACAACUAAUCCUUGUAUCACGUAUGAGUGGUCAGACUGGUAUAACGUGCAUGAUCCAAGUACAGAUCACAGUGACUGGGAAACAUAUGAGAACAUCACAAACAGUGGUCUACAAAUAUGUGACAAACGCUUAUUUAUUGAUUGUCGAGCUGUUCAUUUCCCGGACAUGGACUUCAAUGAUUAUAAAACUCAAACUGGCCAAGUUGUUAGUUGUGAUGUGGAUUAUGGAUUGAUAUGUAAAGUAGAGGACCAGUCAAGACCUCCUCGAAAGUGCCAUGACUACGAGAUCAGAGUAUUUUGUGAGGUAAAUAUAUGUGAAUCCACAACCACGACAAUCACAACUCCAACAUCCCAACCUCCUACUACAACUACAGGUCCAACCACAACAGCUACAACCCCAAACACCCUACCUACUACUACAACUGAAAACCCAACAAGUACAGCCCCAACAACUCAACCUCUUACUACAACUGUAGGCCCAACUACAACAAGAACUACAACAACCCAACCUCCUACUACAACUGCAGGCCCAACCACAACAGUUUCAACCCCAAUAACCCAAUCUUCUACUACAGCUGCAGGCCUAUCCACAACAGUUUCAACCCAAACAACUCAACCUCUUACUACAACUGCUGGACCAACCACAACAGCUACAACCCCAACAACCCAACCUCCUACUACAACUGCAAGCCCAACCACAACCACUACAGUUACAACCCAAUCCCCGACUACAACUUCAGGCCCAACCACAACAGUUACAAUCCAAUCCCCUACUACAACUGCAGGACCAACUGCAACAACUACAACCACCCAAACUGCGACUACAACUCCAGUUCCAACCACAACCACAACAGUUACAACCCAAAAUCCUACUACAACUGCAGCCCCGACCACAACUAAUCCUUGUAUCACGUAUGAGUGGUCAGACUGGUAUAACGUGCAUGAUCCAAGUACAGAUCACAGUGACUGGGAAACAUAUGAGAACAUCACAAACAGUGGUCUACAAAUAUGUGACAAACGCUUAUUUAUUGAUUGUCGAGCUGUUCAUUUCCCGGACAUGGACUUCAAUGAUUAUAAAACUCAAACUGGCCAAGUUGUUAGUUGUGAUGUGGAUUAUGGAUUGAUAUGUAAAGUAGAGGACCAGUCAAGACCUCCACGAAAGUGCUUUGACUACGAGAUCAGAGUAUUUUGUGCGGUAAAUAUAUGUGAAUCCACAACCACGACAAUCACAACUCCAACAUCCCAGCCUCCUACUACAACUACAGGUCCAACCACAACAGCUACAACCCCAAACACCCUACCUACUACUACAACUGAAAACCCAACAAGUACAGCCCCAACAACUCAACCUCUUACUACAACUGUAGGCCCAACUACAACAAGAACUACAACAACCCAACCUCCUACUACAACUGCAGGCCCAACCACAACAGUUUCAACCCCAAUAACCCAAUCUUCUACUACAGCUGCAGGCCUAUCCACAACAGUUUCAACCCAAACAACUCAACCUCUUACUACAACUGCUGGACCAACCACAACAGCUACAACCCCAACAACCCAACCUCCUACUACAACUGCAAGCCCAACCACAACCACUACAGUUACAACCCAAUCCCCGACUACAACUUCAGGCCCAACCACAACAGUUACAAUCCAAUCCCCUACUACAACUGCAGGACCAACUGCAACAACUACAACCACCCAAACUGCGACUACAACUCCAGUUCCAACCACAACACAAACAGUUACAACCCAAAAUCCUACUACAACUGUCCAACCACAACAGCUAACCCCAAACACCCUACCUACUACUACAACUGAAAACCCCAACAAGUACAGCCCCAACAACUCAACCUCUUACUACAACUCUGCAGGCCUAUCCACAACAGUUUCAACCCAAACAACUCAACCUCUUACUACAACUGCUGGACCAACCACAACAGCUACAACCCCAACAACCCAACCUCCUACUACAACUGCAAGCCCAACCAACAACCACUACAGUUACAACCCAAUCCCCGACUACAACUUCAGGCCCAACCACAACAGUUACAAUCCAAUCCCCUACUACAACUGCAGGACCAACUGCAACAACUACAACCACCCAAACUGCGAUACAACUCCAGUUCCAACCACAAACACAACAGUUACAACCCAAAAUCCUACUAAAACUGCAGCCCCGACCACAACUAAUCCUUGUAUCACGUAUGAGUGGUCAGACUGGUAUAACGUGCAUGAUCCAAGUCCAACCACAACAGCUACAACCCCAAACACCCUACCUACUACUACAACUGAAAACCCAACAAGUACAGCCCCAACAACUCAACCUCUUACUACAACUGUAGGCCCAACUACAACAAGAACUACUAACAAAACCCAAACCUCCUACUACAACUGCAGGCCCAACCACAACAGUUUCAACCCCAAUAACCCAAUCUUCUACUACAGCUGCAGGCCUAUCCACAACAGUUUCAACCCAAACAACUCAACCUCUUACUACAACUGCUGGACCAACCACAACAGCUACAACCCCACAACCCAACCUCCUACUACAACUGCAAGCCCAACCACAACCACUACAGUUACAACCAAUCCCCGACUACAACUUCAGGCCCAACCACAAACAGUUACAAUCCAAUCCCCUACUACAACUGCAGGACCAAACUGCAACAACUACAACCACCCAAACUGCGACUACAACUCCAGUUCCAACCACAACCACAACACUGCAGGCCUAUCCACAACAGUUUCAACCCAAACAACUCAACCUCUUACUACAACUGCUGGACCAACCAACAACAGCUACAACCCAACAACCCAACCUCCUACUACAACUGCAAGCCCAACCACAACCACUACAGUUACAACCCAAUCCCCGACUACAACUUCAGGCCCAACCACAACAGUUACAAUCCAAUCCCCUACUACAACUGCAGGACCAACUGCAACAACUACAACCACCCAAACUGCGACUACAACUCCAGUUCCAACCACAACCACAACAGUUACAACCCAAAAUUCCUACUACAACUGCAGCCCCGACCACAACCUAAUCCUUGUAUCACUUAUGAGUGUUGUUAGUUGUGAUGUGGAUUAUGGAUUGAUAUGUAAAGUAGAGGACCAGUCAAGACCUCCACGAAAGUGCUUUGACUACGAGAUCAGAGUAUUUUGUGCGGUAAAUAUAUGUGAAUCCACAACCACGACAAUCACAACUCCAACAUCCCAACCUCCUACUACAACUACAGGUCCAACCACAACAGCUACAACCCCAAACACCCUACCUACUACUACAACUGAAAACCCAACAAGUACAGCCCCAACAACUCAACCUCUUACUACAACUGUAGGCCAAACUACAACAAGAACUACAACAACCCAACCUCCUACUACAACUGCAGGCCCAACCACAACAGUUUCAACCCCAAUAACCCAAUCUUCUACUACAGCUGCAGGCCUAUCCACAACAGUUUCAACCCAAACAACCCAACCUCCUACUACAACUGAAGGUCCAACCACAACAAUUACAUCCCAACCUCCUACUACAACUGCAGGACUUACCACAACAGUUUCAACCCCAGCAACCCAACCUUCUACUACAACUGCAGGUCCAACCACAACAGUUACAUCCCAACCUCCUACUACAACUGCUGGAAUAACCACAACAGUUACAACCCAAACAACCCAACCUCCUACUACAACUGCAGGUCCAACCACAACAGUUACAUCCCAACCUCCUACUACAACUGCUGGACCAACCACAACAGUUACAACCCAAACAACCCAACCUCUGACAACGACUGCAGGUCCAACUACAACAGUUACAACUACAACAUCCCAACCUACUACAACUGCAAGCCCAACCACAACAGUUACAACCCAAUCCCCGACUACAACUACAGGCCCAACCACAACAGUUACAACCCCAACAUCCCAACCUCCUACUACAAGUGCUGGACCAACCACAACAGUUACAACCCAAACAACCCAACCUCCUACUACAACUAUAGGUCCAACCACAACAGUUACAACCCCGACACUCCAACUUACGACGACAACUACAGGUCCAGCUACAUCAACUACAACCCCAGCAACCCAACCUCCUACUGCAACUGCAGGUCCUACAACUACCACAACAGUUACAGCCCAACCUCCUACUACAACUGAAGGACCAACUACAACAACUAGAACUCCAACAACCCAACCUCCUACUACAACUGCUGGACCAACAACAACCACAACAAUUACAACACCAACAACUGAAACUGGUGUUAUAACUGGACGCCCAGCGACAACAUCAACUCCACAAACCGGUAAAUUAAUAACUGAAUCCACAACAGUUACAACCCAAACAACCCAACCUCCUACUACAACUAUAGGUCCAACCACAACAGUUACAACCCCAACACUCCAACUUACGACGACAACUACAGGUCCAGCUACAUCAACUACAACCCCAGCAACCCAACCUCCUACUGCAACUGCAGGUCCUACAACUACCACAACAGUUACAGCCCAACCUCCUACUACAACUGAAGGACCAACUACAACAACUAGAACUCCAACAACCCAACCUCCUACUACAACUGCAAGCCCAACCACAACCACAACAGUUAUAACCCAAUCCCCUACUACAACUACAGGCCCAACCACAACAAGUACAACCCAACCUACUACUACAACUGCAGGCCUAACCACAACAGCUACAACCCCAACAACCCAACCUCCUACUACAAGUGCUGGACCAACCACAACAGUUACAACCCAAACAACCCAACCUCCUACUACAACUGCAGGUCCAACUACAACAGUUACAACCACAACAGUUACAACCCCAACAUCUCAACCUCCUACUACAACUGCUGGACCAACCACAACAGUUACAAUCCAAACAACCCAAUCUCUGACAACGACUGCAGGUCCAACUACAACAGUUACAACUACAACAACUCAGCCUCCUACUACAAUUGCAAGCCCAACCACAAGAGUUACAACCCAAUCCCUUACUACAACUGCAGGCCAAACCACAACAGUUACAAACCAACCUACUACUACAACUGCAGGACUAACCACAACAGUUUCAACCCCAACAACCCAACCUCCUACUACAACUGCAGGCCCAACCACAACAGCUACAACCCCAACAUCCCAACCUCCUACUACAACUGCUGGACCAACCACAACAGUUACAACCCAAACCACCCAACCUCCUACUACAACUGCAGGUCCAACCACAACAGUUACAACCCAAACAACCCAACCUCUGACAACGACUGCAGGUCCAACUACAACAGUUAGAACUACAACACCCCAACCUCCUACUACAACUGCAAGCCUAACCACAACCACAACAGUUACAACCCAAUUCCCGACUACAACUGCAGGCCCAACCACAACAGUUACAACCUCAACAUCCCAACCUCCUACUACAAGUGCUGGACCAACCACAACAGUUACAACCCAAACAACCCAACCUCCUACUACAACUGCAGGUCCAACUACAACAGUUACAACUACAACAUCCCAACCUCCUACUACAAGUGCUGGACCAACCACAACAGUUACAACCCAAACAACCCAACCUCCUACUACAUCUGCAGGUCCAACCACAACCACAACAAUUAUAUCCCAACCUCCUACUACAACUGCUGGACCAACCGCAACAGUUACAACUACAACAUCCCAACCUCCUACUACAACUGCAGGCCCAACCACAACAAGUACAACCCAACCUACUACUACAACUGCCGGCCUAACCACAAGAAGUACAACCCCAACAACCCAACCUCCUACUACAAGUGCUGGACCAACCACAACAGUUACAACCCAAACAACCCAACCUCCUACUACAACUGCAGGUCCAACCACAACCACAACAAUUACAUCCCAACCUCCUACUGCAAGUGCUGGACCAACCACAACCACAACAAUUACAUCCCAACCUCCUACUACAACUGCUGGACCAACCACAACAGUUACAACCCAAACAACCCAACCUCCUACUACAACUGCAGGCCCAACCACAACCACAACAAUUACAUCCCAACCUCCUACUACAACUGCUGGACCAACCACAACAGUUACAACCCAAACAACCCAACCUCCUACUACAUCUGCAGGUCCAACCACAACCACAACAAUUAUAUCCCAAUCUCCUACUACAACUGCAGGCCCAACCACAACAGUUACAACCCAAUCCCCUACUACAACUGCAGGCCCAACCACAACAAGUACAACCCAACCUACUACUACAACUGCAGGACUAACCACAACAGUUUCAACCCCAAAAACUCAACCUUCUACUACAACUGCAGGUCCAACCACAACAGUUACAUCCCAACCUCCUACUACAACUGCUGGACUAACCACAACAGUUACAGCCCAAACAACCCAACCUCCUACUACAACUGCAGGUCCAACUACAACAGUUACAUCCCAACCUCCUACUACAACUGCUAGACCAACCACAACAGCUACAACCCAAACAACCCAACCUCUGACAACGACUGCAGGUCCCAACUACAAACAGUUACAACUACAACAUCCCAACCUACUACAACUGCAAGCCCAACCACAACCACAACAGUUACAACCCAAUCCCCGACUACAACUACAGGCCCAACCACAACAGUUACAACCCAACAUCCCAACCUCCUACUACAAGUGCUGGACCAACCACAACAGUUACAACCCAACCUCCUACUACAACUGCAGGCCCAACCACAACAGCUACAACCCCCACAACCCAACCUCCUACUACAAGUGCAAGCCCAACCACAACAAGUACAACCCCAACAUCCCAACUUCCUACUACAACUGCUGGACCAACCACAACAGUUACAACCCAAACCACCCAACCUCCUACUACAACUGCAGGUCCAACCACUACAGUUACAUCCCAACCUCCUACUACAACUGCUGGACAAACCACAAAAGUUACAACUCAAACAACCCAACCUCUGACAACGACUGCAGGUCCAACUACAACAGUUACAACUACAACAUCCCAACCUCCUACUACAACUGCAGGCCCAACCACAACAAGUACAACCCAACCUACUACUACAACUGCCGGCCUAACCACAACAGUUACAACCCAACAACCCAACCUCCUACUACAAGUGCUGGACCAACCACAACAGUUACAACCCAAACAACCCAACCUCCUACUACAACUGCAGGCCCAACCACAACAGCUACAACCCCCACAACCCAACCUCCUACUACAAGUGCAAGCCCAACCACAACAAGUACAACCCCAACAUCCCAACUUCCUACUACAACUGCUGGACCAACCACAACAGUUACAACCCCAACAACCCAACCUCCUACUACAAGUGCUGGACCAACCACAACAGUUACAACCCAAACAACCCAACCUCCUACUACAUCUGCAGGUCCAACCACAACCACAACAAUUAUAUCCCAACCUCCUACUACAACUGCUGGACCAACCGCAACAGUUACAACUACAACAUCCCAACCUCCUACUACAACUGCAGGCCCAACCACAACAAGUACAACCCAACCUACUACUACAACUGCCGGCCUAACCACAACAAGUACAACCCCAACAACCCAACCUCCUACUACAAGUGCUGGACCAACCACAACAGUUACAACCCAAACAACCCAACCUCCUACUACAACUGCAGGUCCAACCACAACCACAACAAUUACAUCCCAACCUCCUACUGCAAGUGCUGGACCAACCACAACCACAACAAUUACAUCCCAACCUCCUACUACAACUGCUGGACCAACCACAACAGUUACAACCCAAACAACCCAACCUCCUACUACAACUGCAGGCCCAACCACAACCACAACAAUUACAUCCCAACCUCCUACUACAACUGCUGGACCAACCACAACAGUUACAACCCAAACAACCCAACCUCCUACUACAUCUGCAGGUCCAACCACAACCACAACAAUUAUAUCCCAACCUCCUACUACAACUGCAGGCCCAACCACAACAGUUACAACCCAAUCCCCUACUACAACUGCAGGCCCAACCACAACAAGUACAACCCAACCUACUACUACAACUGCAGGACUAACCACAACAGUUUCAACCCCAAAAACUCAACCUUCUACUACAACUGCAGGUCCAACCACAACAGUUACAUCCCAACCUCCUACUACAACUGCUGGACUAACCACAACAGUUACAACCCAAACAACCCAACCUCCUACUACAACUGCAGGUCCAACUACAACAGUUACAUCCCAACCUCCUACUACAACUGCUGGACCAACCACAACAGCUACAACCCAAACAACCCAACCUCUGACAACGACUGCAGGUCCAACUACAACAGUUACAACUACAACAUCCCAACCUACUACAACUGCAAGCCCAACCACAACCACAACAGUUACAACCCAAUCCCCGACUACAACUACAGGCCCAACCACAACAGUUACAACCCCAACAUCCCAACCUCCUACUACAAGUGCUGGACCAACCACAACAGUUACAACCCAACCUCCUACUACAACUGCAGGCCCAACCACAACAGCUACAACCCCCACAACCCAACCUCCUACUACAAGUGCAAGCCCAACCACAACAAGUACAACCCCAACAUCCCAACUUCCUACUACAACUGCUGGACCAACCACAACAGUUACAACCCAAACCACCCAACCUCCUACUACAACUGCAGGUCCAACCACUACAGUUACAUCCCAACCUCCUACUACAACUGCUGGACAAACCACAACAGUUACAACUCAAACAACCCAACCUCUGACAACGACUGCAGGUCCAACUACAACAGUUACAACUACAACAUCCCAACCUCCUACUACAACUGCAGGCCCAACCACAACAAGUACAACCCAACCUACUACUACAACUGCCAGCCUAACCACAACAAGUACAACCCCAACAACCCAACCUCCUACUACAAGUGCUGGACCAACCACAACAGUUACAACCCAAAAAACCCAACCUCCUACUACAUCUGCAGGUCCAACCACAACCACAACAAUUAUAUCCCAACCUCCUACUACAACUGCUGGACCAACCGCAACAGUUACAACUACAACAUCCCAACUUCCUACUGCAACUGCUGGACCAACCACAACAGUUACAACCCAAACAACCCAACCUCCUACUACAACUGCAGGCCCAACCACAACCACAACAAUUACAUCCCAACCUCCUACUACAACUGCUGGACCAACCACAACAGUUACAACGCAAACAACCCAACCUCCUACUACAUCUGCAGGUCCAACCACAACCACAACAAUUAUAUCCCAACCUCCUACUACAACUGCAGGCCCAACCACAACAGUUACAACCCAAUCCCCUACUACAACUGCAGGCCCAACCACAACAAGUACAACCCAACCUACUACUACAACUGCAGGACUAACCACAACAGUUUCAACCCCAAAAACUCAACCUUCUACUACAACUGCAGGUCCAACCACAACAGUUACAUUCCAACCUCCUACUACAACUGCUGGACUAACCACAACAGUUACAACCCAAACAACCCAACCUCUGACAACGACUGCAGGUCCAACUACAACAGUUACAACUGCAACAAUUCAGCCUCCUACUACAACUGCAAGCCCAACCACAAGAGUUACAACCCAAUCCCCUACUACAACUGCAGGCCCAACCACAACAAGUACAACACAACCUACUACUACAACUGCAGGACUAACCACAACAGUUUCAACUCCAACAACCCAACCUCCUGCUACAACUGCAGGUACAACCCCAACCACAACAAUUAUAUCCCAACCUCCUACUACAACUGCUGGACCAACCACAACAGUUACAACCCAAACAACCCAACCUCUGACAACGACUGUAGGUCUAACUACAACAGUUAUAACCACAACAACUCAACCUCCUACUACAACUGCAAGCCCAACCACAACCACAACAGUUACAACCCAAUCCCCUACUACAACUGCAGGCCCAACCACAACAAGUACAACCCAACCUACUACUACAACUGCCGGCCUAACCACAACAGCUACAACCCCAACAUCCCAGCCUCCUACUUCAACUGCUGGACCAACCACAACAGUUACAACCCAAACCACCCAACCUCCUACUGCAACUGCAGGUCCAACCACAACCACAACAGUAACAUCCCAACCUCCUACUACAACUGCUGGACCAACCAUAACAGCUACAACCCCAACAUCCCAACCUCCUACUACAACUGCAGGCCCAACCACAACAAGUACAACCCCAACAACCCAACCUCCUACUACAACUGCAGGUCCAACCACAACCACAACAGUUACAACCCAAUCUCCUACUACAGCUGCAAGCCCAACUACACCAGCUACAACCCCAACAACCCAACUUCUUAGUACAACUGCAAGCCCAACCACAACAAGUACAACCCCAACAACCCUACCUCCUACUGCAACUGCAGGUCCAACCACAACAGUUACAACCCAAUCACCUACAACUGCAAGCCCAACCACAUCAGCUACAACCCACCCCCCUACGACAACAACUGGUCCAACUCUAUCUACAGAAUGCUUCUGUAUUUUUAAUGGCGAGCUUUAUAACCCAGGGGAGGUAAUAAUUGAUAAUAAACAUAUUGGGUCAGGCAUAUGUCUCUCAAUGAUAUGUUCUGACAUCUGUGAAAUCCGCAACAUUACGAAAAUGUGUGGGACCACAACCACACCUACAUCCACACUCACACCGACAGAAAUACCACCUUCGUGUCCUGAAUGGAAUGUCGCACAAAAUGAGACCUUCUUCCUGUGCAACUGCAACAUGGCCAAGUGUAUUGAGAACAACACAAUUGAAAUAGUUCCAUAUGAAUGUCCGCCCAUUAAGAAUAUAACUUGUACUAAUGGAAAGAAGCCAGUUCUUGUGUACGAUGAAUACUACUGCUGCCAACAUUAUGUUUGUGACUGUGUAUGUGAAGGCUGGGGAGAUCCUCAUUACAUAACUUUUGAUGGAUUCUACUACAGUUAUCAAGGGAACUGUACUUAUGUUUUAAUGGAAGAGAUUUUACCAAGACACUACCUGAAAAUUUAUAUUGAUAAUGUCUUUUGCGAUCCCACUGAAGAUGUUUCUUGUCCACGAUCACUAAUAAUAUCAUAUGGAUCAGAAGUUGUCACACUCAUUAAUCAUAACCUUCCUGGAGCACCAGAGUUGGAGGCAUUGAAAAAGGGAAAAACUCUUAAACUACCCUAUUCACAGUAUGGUAUCAAAGUUGUGAAUACUGGCAUUAACCUGGUUUUGGAGAUCCCUCGCCUGCAAGUGGUCAUUACAUUUGGAAUAACUGGUUUUAGUGUUACCCUGCCGUUUCAGUACUUUGGCAGCAACACACAGGGUCAUUGUGGAACAUGCACCAAUAACCAGGCUGAUGACUGCAUGUUGCCUGGAGGCCAGCUGGUGAAAAGUUGUGCAGUGAUGGCGGACUACUGGCCAGCAAAGGACAUUAACCAACCCAACUGCUUGGUGCCACCUGUACUACCCACCAGUGUACCUGAACCACCAACCUUAGAACCAUGCAACGCAGACUCCAUAUGCGACCUGCUUUACAACAGUCCCUUUGUAGAGUGCCACCCCUUUGUCUCGCCAGACAAUUUCUACAGAGGUUGUGUUUUUGAUAGUUGUCAUGUUCCCAACCCAGCAGUAGAGUGCACAAGUUUGCAGACUUAUGCUGCUGCUUGUGCGCAGGCCGGAGUUUGCCUCCACUGGAAGAACCACACCACAAUAUGUGCCAGUGACUGCCCAUCAAACAAAGUGUACAAACCUUGUGGUCCUGCCGAGCAACCAACCUGUGAAGACAAUCCCUAUGAACCUACUAUGAACUACACCACUGAGGGCUGCUUUUGUCCUGAUGGAAUGAAACUCUUUAACAAAGAGUCUGGAAUAUGUGUUGAAAAAUGUGGAUGUCUUGAUCCUGAGGGUAUUCCUCGUGGGUUCAAUGAGAGGUUUGAGUACAAAUGCCAGGACUGCAUCUGUGAGGAGACCACUAAGACGGUGACUUGCAAGCCUAAGGUGUGCCCAGCACUUCCCAUUGCAAACUGCAUUGGUGAAGGGUUUGUUCUGGUCAACCAAACUAAUCCAUCAGACCCCUGCUGUUCUGCAUAUGUUUGCCAAUGUCAAAUCAACACUUGCCCAGUCAGCAACAAGAACUGUCCUGUUGGAUAUAAGCCAGUUAUCAGUGUUCCAGAAGGAAAAUGCUGUCCACAACAAACAUGUGAUCCGAAAAGAGUUUGUGUCCACAAAGAUGUCGAAUACCACCCCGGGUCUUCAGUUCCUGCCAACGCAUGUCAGGAUUGUACCUGUAGCAAUGAGGUCGACCCAAAAUCUGGUCUAUUCAAAAUAACUUGUGAGUUUCAGCAAUGUAAAGAAACUUGUGACAUGGGAUAUGAAUAUGUGGGAACUAUUUCUGAUGAGUGUUGUGGGAGGUGUGUACAGACACACUGUAUCCUCAGUGUUAACGGUACUAAGCAGCUCUUAGCGCAAAGAGAAACCUGGUCACCAGCUGAGAAUAAGUGUGAGCAUUACACCUGUGUUAAAAGCGGUGAGACUUUAGCAACGAUCAGUUCUCACAUUGUCUGCCCACCAUUCCAACAGAGCAACUGCCAACCUAACACAAUUCAGACUGCAGCAAAUGGCUGCUGUAAAGUUUGUGUGGAGAAGGAAAAGGGCUGCAAGUUAGCAUCUAUGAAAACCCGCGUUUCACACAAGGGCUGUCAGUCUGAACAGGAAGUCGAUAUGCCGUAUUGUGAAGGAUCUUGCAACACUUUCACCAUGUACUCUCAAGCAGCAGCAGCUAUGCAGCAUACAUGUUCCUGCUGUAAGGAGACUCGAUCCAGCAAUCGCACCGUUGACUUGUUCUGUCUGAAUGGAGAUACGAUUCCCUACACAUACAUGCAUGUGGAGGACUGUGGCUGUGGACACACGGACUGCACCAGAGCUGCAGCACCGCCUGCUCGCAGGAAGAGAAGCUUCACACUGCUGUGAUAAAGCACCUGCUGUCACUUUAACUUCAAUAUUUGUCAGAUACAAAUAUUCCUUUCCAUAUUUUUCUAACAAUCACUACACCUCUUACAAAGCAAUUGCCAUUGUAAAGAGACUAUUUAUCAAUUGAUCAAAUAAAAAGAUGCAACUCA